AUGUCAGACUAUAUGUGGUUUGAAGGAAUACCUCUUCCUCUCGUGGUGUGUGAAAGUGAAGUGAUGCGAGAGAUUCAUGAUAAGUUUGAGGUGAGGAAUGAAGAUAUAGUCAUAUUGACUUAUCCCAAAUCAGGAACAAACUGGUUGUCUGAGAUUGUCUGCUUAAUUCAGACCAAAGGGGAUCCCAAGUGGAUCCAAUCUAUGCCCACCUGGGACUGCUUACCUUGGAUAGAGUAUAUUUUUGGAUAUUUAAAAUUAAAGGACCAGAAAGGCCCACACCUCAUCAGGUCCCACCUCCCCAUCCAACUUUUCCCCAAGUCUUUCUUCAGUUCCAAUGCCAAGGUGAUUUAUCUGAUCAGAAAUCCCAGAGAUGUUCUUGUGUCUGGUUAUUUUUUCUGGAGUAAUUCUAAUUAUUUUAAGAAUCUAGAGCCACUGGAACAUUAUUUUGAAUGGUUCAUCAAAGGAAAUGGUGAGCGUGUAUUAAAUACAGGAACUUACGGAACGUUCAGAUUCUUCAAUUGCAGACAUGGUUGCUUGUACCUUAGACCGACCUUGAACUCUGCAGGCCUCCUCCCCUAUCUCAACCCCCUGGAUCCUGCCCAAAAGGAUUUCAUGGAUUCUGUCAUACCUGCCGAGGCCUAUCAUGACACACGAGGAACCAUACAGAAGAUCUGCCAGUUCCUGGGAAAGAAAUUAGAACCAGAAGAACUGGAUUCGGUCCUCAAGCACAGCUCCUUCCAAGCCAUGAGUGAAAACAAUAUGUCCAAUUUUAAAAUCAUCCCAAGGAGAACUGAUGUCAGUGAUUUACUACUUCUGAGAAAGGGUAAAAAGAAAUAUCCAGUUCCAGAAUGAGUCAGAAUACACACUCAUGUGCCAGUGGUAUCAAAAAGUUAAGAUGUUUGACUGUGUCGGCAUUGAUUGCUCCGCACUCAGAGAGCGUCUCGUGAGCCCAGUAGAGGAAUCCUUCCCCGCUACUGGUGGGCUUCAGGCACCUCAAAAAAUUUGAUUUAUCCCUGGAGAGGAGCGUGAGAUUGAGAUGAUUACCUUGGGGCUGCCUGACUCAUGACUUAGCAAAGAACAAUCCUGGGCAAAUAAAGAAGUAAAUAACCUCAGAGGAAAAGGAAGGAAGACAGGGUUAUGUGAGGAAAACUGAGGCUCUCUGUGCCGUCCACCUCAGCUCUGAAGAAAAUGUCCAAUGUGUGG